CCCCGCCCAGACAUAGAAGGUGAUCGGAGAGUGAUGUGGAGGUAUUUAAUAGUUACGGCUGUGUUGGGCGGCUCUCUGGAAGUGUCCGGACUCUGGUAUGGCUGUGGACUAUGUACGACUUUUUUGACACUAAAACCAUGAAGAUCUCAAAGCUGCCCUGUCUCCUGCUGAUUGCAUUGUGUGUGAUGCUGUUCUUUAGCUAUGUCACAUGGAGUCCUCGCUCCCAUGCAGAAAUCGAGAGUAUGGACCUUAAGCUUCCACAAGAAGAAGGAAGUGGUAAAAGAACGGCUUCACAGGAAGUAUUUUAUGGAAUAAUGUUUGACGCUGGAAGUACCGGAACACGAGUGCAUGUAUAUAAAUUCAGCCGCACAUCCUCUGGUGUACCCAAUUUGGACCAUGAAACCUUUAAAGCUAUAAAGCCAGGAUUGUCUGCAUAUGCUGAUGAGCCAGAGAAGUGUGCUGUAGGAAUAAAGGAACUAUUGGAUAUUGCAAUGAAAGAAAUACCCGAUGACCUCUGGAGCUCCACACCACUUGUCCUCAAAGCCACAGCGGGGUUACGUCUUUUACCAGGAGAGAAGGCGCAGAAGCUGCUGGAUAUGGUCAGAGAUAUCUUUAAAUCAUCUCCUUUCCUUGUUGGAAAAGACAGUGUUUCAAUCAUGAAUGGCACAGAUGAAGGCAUUUUUGCUUGGAUUACUGUAAACUUUUUGACAGGGAGUUUAACCAAUCCAUCUGCUAUAUUGGCUGGAAUGCUCGAUCUUGGUGGUGGAUCAACACAAAUCACCUUCUAUCCAUAUGAUAAGAGUACUUUUCCCAGUGCACCACCAGGAUUCAUCACCACCUUUGAGCUGUUUAACCGCACAUAUCACCUCUAUUCACACAGCUACUUGGGACUUGGCUUAAUGUCGGCCAGACUGGAAAUCAUGGGAGGAAAUGAAGGAAUACCCUUGAAGCCUGGAGAAGAGCUGGUAACUCCCUGUGUGUCACCAGGCUUUGCGACAGAAUUUGAGCAUGCUGGAGUAACUUAUAAAGUGAAAGGAGAGGAGGAUGUAACUUCCGUAUAUGAAUCUUGCUAUAGAAGUGUAGGAGAAACACUUAAGGGCAAAGUGAACCUUGUCAAGGAGGUGGCUGUCCUCUUCUUUUAUUCUUUUUCAUAUUAUUUUGAUCGUGCGGAAGAUACACAUUUGAUAGAUCCAAAGGUUGGAGGCUUUGUAAAGGUUAAAGAUUUUGAAACGGCAGCUAAAAAUGAAUGUACAAAUCUUGGAAAAUCAGGAAAACGUCCAUUUAUCUGUAUGGAUUUGUGCUAUAUUACGCAUCUUCUUCAAGAUUUAGGAUUUCCUAAAGAAAAACGUCUAAAGCUUGUUAAGCAAAUAAAUGAUGUAGAAACCAGCUGGGCCCUAGGAGCGACUUUUUACUAUAUGAAUCUGAUGCAGGGUAAUGCGUAGCAUCUUUCAGCAGGACCGCGAAGAGGACUUUCUGGCAAAAACUUGACUUCAGUUCUCUGAUGUGAUUUUCAGAGAUUUAGCCAUAAUUUGUUUCACAUUUUUAUGGUAACGGCUUGUCAUUUUCUUCAUGUCUUUUUUGAUUUUUAUCUAUAU